AUGAAAAGGACUAAAAAUUUUAAUUACGCCGGAGAAUCUCGUGGAAAAAGGAAGAGAGCGUGGUACCCACCUUCAAAUCUUGUUUCAGAUCCGAAAGUUUUAAGUAUAGAAAAAUCAGAGGAAAAAAAUCCAGCAGAAAAAAGAUUGACAAAUCCAUUAUAUUUAUGGCAAUAUUAUUGUUCACACAGUAGCGUGCAUGGAAUGAAGUACAUUUUGGAUCCAGAAUUGUACACCAUUGAAAGAAUUAUUUGGCUAAUUAUUGUUUUCGUGUCUGUUUCUUUCACGGCUCAGGUGAUUUUUCAACUGGCAACUGAAUUCCAAGCAGCCCCGACAGUCGUUGUUCUUGAAUCCACAAGUUACAAAGUUUCUUCAUUACCAUUUCCAAGUGUAACAAUUUGUCCACGUGACAGAGUCGAUUGGAACAAGGAAAUUGUUUAUGUAAAUGUUACGGACAUUAUGUACAGAGUUGUGCCCAAUUGCAAGGAUCUAUUUUCCUUCUGCUGGUGGCGUUACUACACUCAGAAUUGUUGCCAAAUUUUUGAUCUACAAAAAACAGAAUAUGGAUUUUGUUAUUCAUUUAAUUCGCGAACUUCUGAAACUUCGAGUAUCAGUUCACAUGGUUUAAGAAGAACUUCUGGAUAUGGUGACAGAAGUGGUCUGAAAUUUACAGUUCGUGUGGGGAACAUCACGUCACCACCUUUAAAUAAUGUCAAGAAAGUCGCUAAUCAGGCAAAUGUGUCAAAAAAGGAAAAGGAAAGAUGGCAAGAUUUAAAUCGAGGUGCAACGAUUCUCAUAAACCACCCGGAAGUCUGGCCUAGUUCAGGUCAAGCGAUUGCAUCUGGAAUGUCGAUUAGUGUGAAUAUAAAGUGCACUUCCGGCUAUGCUACGCAGGAUGUUUUAAAUUUGAGCCCUGAUAAAAUUCCUUGUCGAUAUAGAAACAUUGAUGAGGAGACUGAGUACAACCAAGAAACUUGCAUAUCUAAAUGUAGACGUAUGCAUGUCAAAAAACACUGCAAUUGUAACCCUUCUUACUUUUUUCCAAAAACAGAGGCAAUAGAAUGUAAGGUGAAGGAUUUUGUCUGCUUAAUAGAACACAAUGAAAUUUUUACAAAUUACACAAUACCUGGAAAUACUCAACAUAUUGAAAAAGACGAGCCAGUCAUGUCUUGCGAUUGUCCACCGGCCUGUAAUUUUUCUAAAUAUGAAUCUAAUGUAGUGGCAAUACCAAUUGAUAAAAAAGAAGAUAUUGUGCUGGAUGUCCAUUUUGAGGGACCAGCUAGCAUACGUUACAGAAUGCAUGUUGUUGUCACAGGACUAAAUUUAUUAGUUUCAUUCGGCGGAAUUUUUAGUUUGUUUCUCGGUGGGUCGAUACUGAGUCUACUUGAAAUAAUAUACACAUUUUUAGUUGGAGCAUUUAGUCUAUUUUACAUGUGCAUGAGAGCAAAAAGGAAAAAAAUUAUGGAUUCAAGAACUGCAACUUCGGAACCUCAAAUUUAUCAUACUGACUUUCCUCCAGUUGUGAUUCUGCCUCGUCGACUGCAUCACCUUUGCCACUACCUAUUUAGCCGGGGUCGAGGUCGAGCCAUUGAGAAAUACAAGCUAGAACCAGGCUCGAGGCCUCCGGCCUGGCCCAAGCCUGGAACCGAGAAGAUACCUGGCGAUUUCUGCAUGGGAUUCUUCGCGAAAAACAAGCAAAGAAGGAUUGAAGCACUUAAGACACCAAGUUUCAGCAGAUGA